GAGUUGUUUGUAUAUUUUAACUGUGUAAUAAAGAAGUGCGUGGCAAGAAUAUGGCAGAUAUUUUGAAUAACUCGAAUGUAAUUCAUUUCAAAGAAAAUACUUUAUUUGUUUCCUCAAAUAUAUCAUUCACGCGGGAUUGAUAUGCUACAGACAAAGUUAUUACAUAUUUCAUGAGUAAGAUAAAAUUCUAAAUAAAGAUGCAGAAAUUUAGACAAGCUCAAGCAGAAAAUAAAAUAGCGAUUAAUAAACAUUUAGAAGCAAAUGCUUAUCUAGAAUCUUCCAGUGAGGAUGAAGAUGAUAGAAAUGAAGAGGAUAUACAAAAUAUAGUUGGAAAAGUAAUAUCUGCCUACCAAGGCAAAGAGGCAGAUGCAGAAAAAAUUUUAUCGUAUUUAAUUAAUAUUUUUCAAUCUGGCAAUGCUGUUUGUUUAAUAUGUAUUUCAACUGUAAAAAGAGCAGAUCCAAUUUGGAAUUGUAACAAGUGUUUUGCUUUCCUACAUCUGUCUUGCAUUUUGCAUUGGAUACAGGAUAGUUUGAAUGUUAAACGCGAGAAAGGUAUCACAUCAUUAUGGGCAUGUCCAAAAUGUCGUAUGGAAUAUAAUCAAGAUGACAUUCCUCGUAACUAUAAAUGCUUUUGUAAAAAAACCAUAGAUCCCCCAUAUAGUCCAUGGAAUAUUCCACAUUCCUGUGGAGAAACAUGCGACAAACUGCUGCAACCAGAAUGUGGUCACAAAUGUGUUUUGCUUUGCCAUCCUGGACCAUGUCCUCCUUGUGCAAAGACGGUAUCUAUUAAAUGCUACUGUGGCAAACAGAUGCCUCAACAACGACGAUGCAAUGCCAAAGAAUGGAGUUGUGGUACUGAAUGUAACAAAGAGUAUAAGUUAUGUUCACACACUUGCAAAGAAGUGUGUCACUCAGGGGAAUGUCCUCCUUGUCCAGAAAUAUUAUUACUAGAAUGCCACUGUAAGAGUAACAAAGAAUUAAAGCAAUGCUCUGGAGGUCUAUGGACUUGUAAUAAACUUUGUGGCAGACCUCUUUCUUGUAAUGUUCACAUAUGUCAAAGUAAAUGUCAUUUAAUUGGCGACUGUGGACCCUGUCCAUUGGAGAAGAAUAGAACCUGUCCGUGUGGGAAAAAACGUUAUGCCAUUUCUUGCAAACAAGAACAGCUACCCACAUGUGGAGAUACAUGUGGAAAAUUAUUAAAUUGCGGUUCGCAUUAUUGUAAUAUGAGAUGUCAUACAGAUCGUUGCGGGCAGUGUUUAGAGGUAGUCACAAAAUCGUGUAGAUGUGGCAGCUAUCAGAAAGAAAUUGCAUGUGGCAAAGAAUUCCAUUGCAAUAAAAAGUGCAUGCAAAUGCGGUUGUGCGGAAGACAUUUGUGUAAUAAGAAAUGCUGCGACUGCUUGAUUAAAAACACGUAUAACGUGUGCGAAAAAGUAUGUGAUAAUGCUUUAAACUGCCGCAAACACAAAUGUGCUGCUCCUUGUCAUAGCGGCCCUUGUUAUCCAUGCGCACGGACUGACGUUAUUCAAUGUAGAUGCGGAUAUAAUAAGAUAACAGUACCAUGUGGUACGGUAAAAAAGAUCAAGCCACCAUCUUGCAAUAAGCCAUGUAAAAUACCUCCAAUUUGCCAUCAUCCCAAACGAGAAACCCACAAAUGCCAUCAAGGUCACUGUCCACCUUGCAAAAAGAUUUGUGGCAUGAUAUAUAAACGAUGUGGUCAUUUCUGUGUAGCUGUUUGCCACACGAAAGUGUGGCUAAAGGUGAGCAAAAAUGACAUAAAGACGCAACCAGCAGGACCAUGGGACAUACAAAAGGAAACUUAUCAGCUAAAAACAUUACCAUGUCCACCAUGUGAAGUUUCUGUACAAGUUACAUGUUUAGGAGGACAUGAAACGCGUCCAUGGCCUUGUCACAUGGCUAGACCUACGUCUUGCGGAAGAUUAUGCGGGAAAACGUUAUUAUGCACGAAUCAUACAUGCGAAUUGAUUUGUCAUAAAAUACCAUCAUCUGAAGAAAAUAAGAAUGGUACCCCGUGUAUGGAAUGUGAAAAACCAUGUUUACUUCCACGACCACAAGGAUGCACACAUUUAUGCUCAGAACCUUGUCAUCCUGCACCAUGUAACCCUUGCAAACAAUUAGUUAAAAUUUCAUGCCAUUGUGGUAUAAGCACUUUAUAUCAUAGAUGUUCUGAAUUAACAUCGGCUAAAGCUGAAAGACGUAAUGAAUUGCUCAAAUGCGGGAAUCAAUGCCCCAAAAAUUAUCCUUGUGGACAUCGGUGUAUAAAUGAUUGUCAUCCUGGUCCAUGCAAGAAUGAAAAGGAAUGCAACAAGAAGGUGAAGCUGUUUUGCGUGUGCAGACGUAUUAAGAAAGAUUUUAUCUGUUCUGUGGUGCAGAAAGAGGAAAUUUGUAUAAAAUGCGAUGAUAUUUGUGCCAAACUAAUAGACGAAAAACGCCAAGCCGAAGCUGCUUUAUUAGAACAAAAGCGGCAAGCUGAAGAAAUACGUAAUCAACAAGAAAUAGAGAAAUUUGAACGAAAAUUUAAACCCCGUCGCAAAGGAAAAGAUAAAUUCGAUAAAAAACAAUUACAAAAUGAGACAUGUAAUAAUUAUAGAAAAUAUUGGAUUUUAGGCAUUUUAAUAUGUACAAUAGGUAUAGUAAUAUUUUACAUGACUGCUCAACAAUUGUAACGAAAUUAUGUACAUAUUAAACUGUAUGUUUGCAAUGAUUUGUAAUUAUAAACCUAGAUUAUAUUUUUAAUUCUAGUUUAAUCGUUUGAGUUCCAGGGGUCAUUGAAAAAACUGAGUCGAAAAAUCAACAAACAACGCAAUAGCAAUUUGUUACUUUAUGAAAUAUAUCUAUAUUAUUAUAUAUGCGUACUAUUAGUUUAUAAAUAUUUCAAGUUUUGUUCAAUAAAAAUUAUUAGGAAGGUAACGAUGAAAUACAAAAUACCGUCAGUCGUCCGUAGCGUUUAAAUAUAUUGGGACUUUUCGACACAAAAUCGAAACAGUGUGAUCGCGCUGCUUGGAACUCAAACGGUUAAUAAAUUAAUGCCGAAACUUUCAAUAAUUUAUCGACUAAUGUAAGAUAUUUCAGUCUAUUAAAUCUUUCUUGUAACUUGUAGAAUUACAAGGCCCAAAGAAUUUUUGAUUAUGUACAUUUUGUAAAUUUCUGUUAUAUGUCUAAUGGUUGGCAAAAUUGUGAGAGAACUUUAAUAUUGUACUGGAUUUUUAUUUUACUAUGUAGUGUUUUGGCGUAAAUCAACUUUACUACUGUAACAUAAAGUAAUCAAAUUAUUAAAAAUUAUUUAUCUACA